AUGAACGAUCCAGGACUCCACGAGCCCAUUUCUGAGGAUUCGAAAGACGUCGAGAACUUACAUCGGGACGAGGAUGAUGAAGAGAAGGAGGAUGAAGAGGCAUAUCUGGAACCAAAUACUUGGUGGCUCGCAAGCACUGCCUUUCCUUUAAUAGCAGGGACGUUUGGUCCCAUGGCAUCGGCCUUUUCCAUAUGUGCUCUAGUCGUACAUUGGAGGGUCUACAUCCCCCCCGGACAAGCGGAGGAGCAUGGGCUUGAAAUUGAAGAUCCAAAAUGGUUGAUUGCAGUAAAUGCUGUCCAACUUGUCAUUGCUCUAAUAUCGAAUCUCGCACUGCUUUUGAACAUGGGGAAGAAGAUUCGUUUUGCAGUUGCACAGCCUAUCACGAUUAUAGGAUGGUACGUCUCGUCGUUCACAUUGAUUGGACUCUGCGCCUGCGCCAGCGGCCCUCUCAUCAUCGAGCCUCGAGAAGAUCAUGCUUUCACUCAAGCUUACUACUACGCCAUAUUCGCAGCAGCAAUUUAUUUCUGGGUAGCGAUACUGAUGUCUAGCACCUUUUACGGUGCCUACAAGGGCUAUUAUGAAAAGGAGUUCCAGUUGACCAUGAGUCAGCGAACCUUAAUGUUGCAAACUAUUAGUUUCCUCAUCUAUCUCCUCGCUGGAGCUGCCGUGUACUCUCACAUCGAAGGAUGGAAAUUCCUCGAUGCUGUAUACUGGGCAGAUUUCACUCUUCUUACCGUCGGGAUCGGCGAUUAUGCGCCAGAAACACAUCUCGGCAGGAGUCUCUUAUUCCCUUUUGCCAUCGGCGGGAUCAUAAUCAUCGGUCUAGUUAUCGGUUCGAUUCGAUCACUUGUUUUAGAGCGCGGAAAGGCCAAGAUGGGAGCUCGGAUGGUUGAGAAGGAACGAGAACGUAUGAUCAAACGGGUAGAGAAAAAGUCCAGUGGCGUACUUCUCGAGCCCGUGACUGAGGGGAAAGCAUCUCGAACUUCUUCCAACAUGCCGCUUGAAAACACGGAUGGGAUGACCGAGCGAGACCGCCGCAAGCAUGAAUUCCAUAUGAUGCGAAAGAUACAACAUCAGGCCCACAUUCGCCAGUCUUGGACAUCCCUUGCCAUUUGGGGCAGCGCUACCCUCUUCCUUUGGUUCGUCGGUGCUGCGGUCUUCCAAGCUGCCGAAUAUGAACAGGACUGGUCAUAUUUCGGUUCUCUGUACUUUGCGUACACUUCACUGCUUACCAUUGGAUAUGGAGACUUCUACCCUCAAUCCAACUCGGGAAAGCCGUUCUUCGUCCUCUGGUCUCUACUCGCCGUCCCAUCUCUCACCAUUUUAAUCAGCAAAAUGGGCGACACUAUCGUGAAAGAAAUUCGAGAUUUGACGCUUUGGGUUGCAAAUAUCACCAUCUUGCCAGGAGAAAAAGGAAUCCGGGUUACGCUAAAAGAAGGAGCGAAGCAACUCACGCUCGGCCGAUUCUUCAACUCUAAAGACAACAUCUUUGCCCCGCCUGGCAUCCUGGGUGAAGGACGCCGCUCGAUAUCUUCCGAGGACGGGGAUCAGAAAGAUGACCCGGAAUCGGCCGCUCAAAGAGUUGCGGGCGACAAAGCUAAGAAAGAAGAGAGAAGCGCAGAUAACAGGGCUAAGGAAGACGAUAAAUUACCUGAUGCCAAAGUCGAUUAUCAUCUGCUUUUGACCAAGGAGAUUGGGAAGGUCUUGAAGCACUUGCAUUCCAGCCCGCCCAGGAAAUACACUUUUGAGGAGUGGGCUUGGUAUUUGAAACUCGUCGGUGAGGAUGAAGGAUCCACGGGGUCUCAUCGAAAACCAACUCUUAGAGCGAAAGGACAGGGUAGAGACCUAGGCACGGGAGUUGGACAGCGAGGCGGAAGGGAAGAUGAUAUGAAAGAUGGCAGGAUCGAGAAAUGGAGUUGGGUUGGGCAGAGGAGUCCAUUGAUGGGUGGAAAGGAGGAGGCAGAAUGGGUGCUUGAGAGGUUGGUGAGGACUUUGGAGUGGGAGUUGGAAGACUGCAGGAGGGACGAGUUGGAAAGCAAGGGCGAGAUAGAGGAACAGGAAGAGUCCGUCGACGAGAUAAGUGAAGCAGAUGCAGGCCCUGCAGAAGGCAGUGCGCCCAAGGUGCUCUCACCAGGAAAGGAAAGUACAUGA